AUGCGCGGCACAAAUGGAGUUGCAGAGGUGGAGCGCCGAACGAGCCAGAGAGCUGCAACGAGUCGACAUCCACAUCGCAGUGCGCCUCAACACGUUGGAGCUAUUAUCGCGAUAACUCGAGAAGAUCUGGAGGGACUCGUCUCAUCGUCGCGCAUUUCAGGACGCUGGGGAUGUGAAUGCUCAUGCCAUGCAACAGCUCCACUCGUUUCCGUUCAUCCCCGCACCGCCUCAUUCUCGAAGCUCGGUGGCACCAGUCAGCACACGGUCACGAAUCGAGGCAAAACAAGAGUUGCGGUGAAGAUCAAGUGCUCAGAUAAUAAACUCUACAAAGUGUCGCCAGUUUUCGCGUUCAUCGACUCAGGACAAUCCGUGGGAUUGAGUAUUGCACGCGGCGAGGGUGCGGCAAAAAAGGAUAAACUGGUGGUGAUGAUUUUGGAGACCACAGCACAAGCACAGGAUCCACGGGUUGUUUAUGAUGUUUGUGGGAGUCGUCCAAUGAGCCUUCCCGGUUGCUUUAAAUGUGCAAGAAACUUAAUAUUCUUA